GCUUCCUAAAACCUGGCUUGGAGGACGAAAGCAGGAGCAAUUUUGGACUAAUAGAUCAGAUUGCUGCACUGCUUUGGAUCCAAGACAAUAUAGAUAAGUUUGGAGGCGAUCCAAACUCGGUGACAUUGUUUGGACAAGGAAGCGGCGCAGUGUGUGCCAAUUUCCUCAUGAUGUCUCCGAUGAUUAUAAAGGAAGGAGAUAAACUUUUAUUUCACCGAGCUAUACUAAUGAGUGGUACGGCUCUGUCUGACUGGGCAUUGGUAAAAAAUCCAACACACGUCACUCUACAAGUCGCUAAGGCGGUUAGAUGUCCUUCAAAUGGCAAAGAACUCGAAGAAUGCUUACGAAAGAGAAGACUAGAAGAUCUCAUGGACAUUUCCAUAUCAAUUCCCGAGUAUCAAACACCAUUUGGUCCAAUAAUUGAUCAGACGGUCAUUCCCAAUUAUCCAAAACAUAUCAUGAGUGCGUACAACGAUAUCUUUAAAAGGUUUGAAUUAAUAUACGGUGUUAUGGAGGUAGAAAGCGCUCAUCUUUUAAACACUGUUGCAAUGGCAGCCGGAAUGUUACAAGAAGAAACGAAUUCUGAAUUACGAAAAUAUUUUGAAACGAAGUUUGAGGCGAAUGUGGGUUUUAUAUUGGCCCACACAUUGUCGGCAUAUUCUCGAUUUGUCGGUACUGACAAUAAACUGAAUAGUUAUGACGGUCAGAGUUAUGACUCAGCUUUCUUGAAUAGGGAUUAUCUCCUCAAUAUACUGUCAGAUGUUCGAACCGUAGCACCUGUAACUCUAAUGGCUAAACUUCAUUCUGCGCUCAAUUUGAAUUCGUACUUUUACGUUUUUGGACACAAAACCGCUUCUAAUUAUUAUUACGUAAGUAAAAUAUGUUAUAUUCAUACAGUAGAUUUUCUUUGA